UUCCCUCUUCUUCUCUCCUUAUGCUGUUAGCUGGCCUGUGCAUGCCUUCUCUCUGUUACUGGCAUGAAAAGCAAAUGAAAUACCAAGGGCUGGAAAAAGAGCCAAGGGUAGUUUUCUUUGUUAGUUAAUAAUCUAGAGAGGUGUGGGAUGGAAAAGCAGCCGGGUUUAUUGCGCAGAAACCCUCACACUCUGAAUACUUGGAUGGCCCAAGAGCUGUACUCUCUGAGAAUGCAAAGGAGCAUAGAAAAGAUGGAGCGAGAUAAAAUGGAAGAGGAAUCAAAUCAAGGUAAGAGGAAGUUGAGGGUGUGUGUGGCAACAUGCAACAGAGCAGACUACUCCAAACUGGCCCCCAUCAUGUUUGGGAUCAAAUCUCAACCUGAUGACUUUGAGUUGGAGGUGGUGGUGCUUGGUUCGCAUCUCAUUGAUGACUACGGGAACACUUUUCGUAUGAUUGAACAGGAUGACUUUGACAUUGGCUCUAAGCUCCAUACCAUUGUCAGAGGGGAGGAUGAGGCAGCCAUGGUGGAGAGUGUUGGGUUAGCGUUGGUGAAGCUCCCUGACGUCCUACAGAGGCUGCGGCCUGACAUUCUCGUCGUCCAUGGCGACCGUUUUGACGCUCUUGCUCUGGCAACGGCAGCAGCUCUUAUGAAUAUUAGAAUACUUCACUUGGAGGGAGGAGAGGUUAGCGGUACCAUUGAUGACUCAAUCCGCCAUGCCAUCAGUAAACUGGCUCAUUACCACGCCUGCUGCACCCACAUGGCAGAACAGCAUCUCAUUGCCAUGUGUGAGGACCACUCUCGCAUCCUCCUUGCUGGCUGCCCCUCAUAUGAUAAGCUGCUGUUGACUCACCAGAGAGAGGACUACAUGGAUAUCAUCAAGAGCUGGCUAGGUGACAAGGUGCAGGACCGUGACUAUAUCGUGGCACUGCAGCACCCUGUCACCACUGACAUCCAGCACUCUAUCAAGAUCUAUGGUCUGAUGCUGGAUGCACUGCUCUCGUUCAACAAGAGGACCCUCAUCCUGUUUCCCAACAUUGAUGCUGGAAGUAAAGAGAUGGUACGUGUCAUGCGAAAGAAGGGCAUAGAGCAACACCCCAACUUCCGGGCAGUGAAGCACAUUCCCUUCGAGCAGUUCAUCCAGCUUGUCUGCCAUGCCGGGUGCAUGAUCGGAAACAGCAGCUGCGGAGUGCGAGAGGCCGGAGCUUUUGGCACCCCAGUCAUUAACCUGGGAACACGGCAAACGGGCAGAGAAACUGGUGAGAACGUUCUUCAUGUCAGAGAUGCUGACACUCAGAAUAAGAUCCAUCACGCUCUGGAGCUGCAGUUUGGAAAGAGAUAUCCUUGUUCUAAGAUUUACGGUGACGGCAAUGCGGUGCCUCGCUUCCUGAAGUUUCUGCGUAGCAUCGAUCUGGAUGAGCCCCUUCAGAAGACGUUCUGCUUCCCUCCUGUGAAAGACGCCAUCUCACAGGACAUUGAUCACAUUCUUGAGACCCAAAGUGCUCUGGCCGUUGACUUGGGAGGGACCAACCUGAGAGUGGCCAUCGUCUGUAAUAGAGGCAAGAUAGUGAAAAAAUACACCGAGACCAAUCCAAAGACGUUUGAGGACAGGAUGCAUCUGUUAUUAAAGAUGUGUAAAGAUGCCAUGCGGGAUGCCGUGCACAUCAACUGUAGAAUACUGGGUGUUGGAAUUUCCACCGGUGGGCGUGUAGACCCACAAGAAGGUGUCGUUCUGCACUCCACAAAGCUGAUCCAGGAGUGGUCUUCUGUGGACUUGAGGACGCCGGUCUCAGAUGCCUUACACCUGCCUGUUUGGGUUGAUAAUGAUGGUAACUGCGCUGCGCUAGCUGAGAGGAAGUUUGGUCAUGGCAAGGGAGUGGAAAACUUUACCACUAUCAUAACUGGGACAGGUAUUGGAGGAGGAAUUAUCCAUCACAAUGAGCUGGUCCAUGGCAGUACCUUCUGUGCAGCCGAACUUGGUCACAUCAUGGUUUCACUGGAAGGACCGGAAUGUUCAUGUGGUGGCCGUGGCUGCAUAGAGGCCUACGCAUCCGGCAUGGCGCUGCAGAGAGAGGCCAAGAGGCUGCACGACGAGGACUUGCUGAAGGUGGACGGGAUGGAUCUGAAGCUCUCUGAGCCAAUCACUGCUGCCCACCUCAUCAAUGCAGCCAGAAUGGGAAACUCCAGGGCUGAUGCUAUCAUGCACAAAGCAUCUACAGCUCUUGGUGUGGGAAUUGUAAACAUCCUCCACAUGGUCAACCCUUCAAUGGUGAUUUUGUCUGGAGUCUUGGCGUCCUACUACCAUGCUCCUGUUCAGCGCAUCAUCUCGGAGAAAGCACUCUUCUCUGCUCAGAGUGUCAAGGUGGUCACAUCAGACUUGGAAGAACCUGCUUUACUUGGAGCUGCUAGCAUGGUGUUGGACUACGCAACAAGAAGGAUAUACUGAGGGAUCCAUGGUUGAUUCUAGGAAUAACAGAAUAAUUAAGCAUUUUUUUGUUACUUUAGCUGUUUGUCAAAAAACAAUAACAUAUUUUUAUAAAUGUAAGGAAAGGUGAAGGAAUUGCAGCUCUUUUUCCCCCUUAACUCUGUCUGAAUGAAUUUUACAUUUCAAACACUUUUGGGAUACUUUUGCUAUAUGUUUUGGAUUACGGUGAUGGUACCCUCAUAUUGUGAUUUCUGCUUUUGACUGUGUAUGAACAGAUGUUAUAUGCAGAUACAGAAUUUCUCCUGCAGCCUCUGUCAUCUGUAAAAUGAGGAGUAAACCAUGCUUGCUAUGUAAUCACAAUGUGAGAUAAGUAUCCUUUAAGUUGUGAGCUGUUACAAGCUUCGUCUAUACUACUGUUGUUCCAUUACAGUUGUACAGGUGACCAUCUGUGGUCCAAGAACGUUGUUCCACUACUGCUUUGGCUUUUAACAUUCCGUUAUCUUGACAAAAGCCUUUAUUUUCCCCCGGGAAGUCAUAUCUUAAGGAUUGACUUGGAUAAUUACAUGUGUAGUGCUUGAAAAGUGUUCCGCACUGAGCUGGAAUAUGUGCAGGAGCUUUUUGUGAUCACGAGUCCUGUGAUCAUCAUCUGUGGUAUACUUGUCUGUUUGUGUCCAAGCUUCAUGUUUGCUUAGCUCACCAGCAUCUUCUUAGAGAAAGUAGCACAUUUUCUAAUGUUUCCUAUUUCUCUGAGUGUUUGGUUUUACAGUCGAAGGAUGCCAUGUUUCACUUGCUUUGAGAGCUCCUUGGACCGCAUGUUAUGAGUUCUUAGAAACAUCUUCCAAAUGCAAAUACCACAUUUUGAAUCAACUUGUGAUCUUUUUACAUGACAGUGCUGUAAUUCCUGAAGCCUUCCCACAAUGUAUAUGUUAAUACCAUUUAUUUAAAGCUGAGAAUGUUUUCUUCAAGUCCGUUUUCAUUACACAACCAUAAUCUGACUAUGUUUUGGUAAACAAAGAGUAACAAAACUACUCUUAGUGUCCAAACAUUUCUGGAUUGAGUUGUUCUAAUGUUUUAUCUCAAAUGCUUACAAUAGCUGGAUUCUAAAAGUGCAAGUCAUGCAUGUACUAUGAGGCAUUUCUUGAAGCUAAAAAAAUGAUGUUUAAGUCACCAUUUCAGUAUAUUGUUUUUUAAUUUGCUCUUCUUGUUGAUGGCCUGAGUUCUGUGUGACAGACACACGUUAGAUGUGACCAAAACUGUGCGGAUACAUUCUGAUGUAUAUCUUUUAUGUUUUAAAUGAUGGUUUUUCAUUUUUCUCUGCAUCUUGUGUCAACAUUUAAUUUCCAAGUUCACCGUUAUAUGAAUUGAAGCAACUUAUCAUUUGUUAUUGCAUUUUUUUAAAUAACUGGUUCUUUUUAAGUUACUGUUCAUCUGAGGCAAAGACUGUCUUCAUAUAUGUAAAAUGAGAUGUUAGAACAGGGGUGUCAAAAGUUGGUCCUCGAGGGCCGCAGUCCUGCGUGUUUUAGAUGUGUCCCUUUUUUUAUCAAACCGUUAUACAAGGAGCUGUGUCAUCAACAGAACUAUCCAGACUUUGAUGACAAGGUGGUGACGACCGUUAAUUAGAAUCAGGUGUGUUGAUGCAGGGACACAACUAAAACAUGCAGGAUUGCGGCCCCUCGAGGACCGACUUUGGACACCCCUGUGUUAGAACAACAACCACUUUGGUCCUAGAGCUGCAAUGAUAUGAUGUGAUGAGGGCUUGAACAUGAGGUUUUCUUAAUUAAUUACACAUAUAUAGCUGCCACAAAUGGCUAAAUAUAGGAAUUUACCAGCCUUUUAAUAAUAUUAAUAAUAUCCUAUGGAAAAACGACACCCGACACAAGUGGGGCACCAAACUUAAUCCAAGACUUUAAAGAACCACCUUGCAGAGGGUACCUAAUACAAUAGCUAAGAUGCUAAAAAAAUAAAGGUGGUUAAGCAGUCAGCAGCCUCUGUUUUUCAUUGGUUAAUAAUGUUGCUGCGUUUGAAUAAACGUCUUUGGAAAAUAAAGAAAGUUGGUUUACUUCUAACUA